GAACCUAAAGAGCGGCGCAGUGACGUCACCCCCAGUCAAGAUCUGUCAUGGCGCUGUCCAGAGCGGUUACCCUGGGGCUGAGGGCGGCUCAUGGCGGGGCACGGGCGAGCCAGAAAUUACAAUCCGGCAGCAACUGUUUGCUACAACGCUGUACCUCACCCUAUAACCAAGUGUUCAGAAACUCUGGUAGCCUACAAAAUGUUCCGUCCCCCGGAGGCGCUGCCUAUGGGAUAUUUGUUGGAGUUGCUACACUAGGUGGUUUAAUAUAUGUGUACAGAACAUUACACAGAGAUAAGACACGAUAUAGUGAGAGGCUCUCCGCUAUCAAGACCAUUAAAGAGAACAUAGAGAAACAGGAAAAUCCUGGUAGCACAGUGGAAUCCAAAGAAGUCGCUAGUGAUAAACAAGAAAAGCAAAAAGAGGAGGUUCCACCCCCUGCCGCUCUGCCGUCCCAUGUACCAUUUCUUCUCAUUGGUGGAGGUACCGCUUCAUUUGCUGCUGCACGAUCUAUACGUGCAAGAGAUCCUGGUGCAAAGGUUCUGAUUGUGUCCGAUGAGUUGGACCCUCCUUAUAUGAGACCACCUCUUUCCAAAGAACUUUGGUUUUCAGAUGAUCCUGAUGUUACAGAAACACUGCGAUUUAAACAGUGGAAUGGCAAAGAAAGGAGUAUCUUUUUCCAGCCAUCCUCUUUCUAUGUGGCUCCAGAGGAAUUGAUGUCUACAGAGCAUGGAGGUGUUUCUGUUCUAACUGGAAAAAAGGUAGUGCAUUUAGAUGUCCGAGAGAACAAGGUGAGACUGGAUGAUGGAACCCAUAUCUCAUAUGAAAAGUGCUUGAUAGGCACAGGAGGAACUCCUCGUAAUCUUCCUGCCAUAGAACGGGCUAGUGAAGAGGUGAAGCAGAGAACCACAUUAUUCAGACGGGUAUCAGAUUUCCGCUCUCUGGAACGCCUUUCUUCUACCGUUGGCUCUAUUACAAUCAUAGGCGGUGGGUUCCUGGGAAGUGAAUUGGCUUGUGCUUUGGGAAAGAGAGCACAGCAGACAAAGCUUGAGGUGGUUCAGAUGUUCCCUGAAGGUGGAAACAUGGGAAAGGUUCUUCCAGAGUAUCUAAGUCACUGGACUACAGAGAAAGUUAAGAGAGAGGGUGUAAAUGUAAUAUCUGAUGCUGUUGUUAAGUCAGUCACCUACAAAAAUGGGAAGCUUCAUAUUACUCUAAAGGAUGGAAGACAGGUUGAAACAGACCAUAUUGUUGCAGCGGUUGGUUUGGAACCGAACACAGAAUUGGCAAAAUCGGCUGGUUUGGAGCUAGAUGGGGAUUUUGGAGGGUAUAGGGUUAACGCAGAACUACAAGCUCGCAACAAUGUGUGGGUGGCUGGGGACGCUGCCUGCUUUUAUGACAUUAAGCUUGGCCGGAGGAGAGUGGAACAUCACGAUCAUGCUGUAGUAAGUGGACGUCUCGCUGGAGAAAACAUGACCGGAGCUGCUAAACCUUACUGGCAUCAGUCCAUGUUUUGGAGUGAUCUAGGUCCUGAAGUUGGUUAUGAAGCCAUUGGCAUUGUUGACAGUGCACUUCCGACGGUUGGUGUGUUUGCCAAGGCCACUGAGAAAGACACUCCUAAAAGAGCAGCUGAGGAAAGCGGCACAGGGAUCCGCUCUGAGAGUGAUGAUCAAGGUGUGAUACAACCAGGGAAUGACAGCCCCGCAGUUACACCGUCAAUCCCAGCUCCAGCACAACAGGGAGAUGCCUAUGGAAAGGGAGUAGUGUUCUACCUGCGAGAUAAUGUGGUGGUAGGAAUUGUGCUGUGGAACAUCUUUAACCGCAUGCCAAUCGCACGCAAGAUAAUAAAGGAUGGUGAGCAACAUGCAGACCUGAACGAGGUAGCCAAACUUUUUAAUAUCCAUGAGGAGUAACUAGCUUAAUGAAUGUUACAAAAACGAAGCACUUGAGGAUAGAAAUAAUUGCCCCUUGGGACUCAAAUUCUAAUCUGGUCACGUCAUCAGAAGCAGUCGUGAUUUUUGUAGAAAAAUCAAGUUAAGCCUUUGUGAAGUUCAGAGAAGUAAAACUGCUCUGUGCAAUACAUGAAAAAAAGAAGGUGGCACAUGCUGUAGGUGUACAUGUUCUGACGUAAGGUCCAACUUUUUCUGUGGCUGAAGUAAAGAAAUUUGGAAAUGUUCGUGUUACGGACUGUAUAAAAUAUGGAUAAUUUGUAAUAAAUGUUUUGGAA